ACUUUGAGCGAGCAAUCCUUCUUGAUGAUGGUUUCAUAAAGGUGGAAUUCUGUAUUGCACAUCUUUCUGGCUUAUGGCAGGCACGAAAUUCAAAGUUGUUUGAACAAAAGCAUCUCACUCCUUGGAAGUGUGCAGAAGCUGGUGUUCUGAUCCAACAUGCUGAUUGCAGCUUUAUGCAUGGUUUAGCUCGCCAAUUCCUGGACAUAGUCGAUCCCAAUGUUGCAGAAGCAUUAGCUCUUCGUGAAGCCUUGUUUUUAUCUCAAAAAAUUGGCCUUUCUGAUGCGGUUAAUCUUGGUGACUCAGCCUUAAUUGUGUUAGCAGCGAACCAAGAAUCGGAUGGUCCUUUACCAUGUGUUCUAGUUGUAGAAGAUGUGAUCUACCUUUGUAAGGAUUUGCCCGUCCAUCACAUCUCCUGGAUUCCACGUUCUGAAAACAUUAUUGCACAUUCCUUUCCCAAAUUUUCAUAA